AUGCCAAGCGGCUUCCUAAGCCUUCCUAGCGAACUUCGAAACAGGAUAUAUGAGCUAGUGCUAUGUGACCAGGACUGCAUCUCUCCCCGGUAUGGCGGGGAGAGAAACGUCCCCGAAGUUGAGAUCUUGUAUACGAAUAAACUUAUCUACCAGGAAGCCAGCUUUCUGUUAUAUGGCCACAACCAGUUCAACUUCGCCGAAGUUGAUACAAGUACAUUGGGGGACUUCAUUGAUCAGAUUGGGAGCAAAAAUGUAGGCAUUAUUAGGCAUCUCAUGAUUGAGUUCCCAAGGGUUGAUACCGACGAUCCCCGGGGCGAGGUUCCGCGUGGAGAUUUCGCUGCCCUGCAUGAAAACACCGCCACAACGCUCGCGGCCAUUCAGAGUCGCUGUACCGCCUUGCGCACGAUAACUAUGUUCUUUGAAGCCUUUCGAAUCCCGUACCUCAUACCGGAGAGCCUGGACAGCGAACUCGCGACGAGGUGGUUGGAGAUAGUCGAAUCUCAGUUCAAGGCCAUCCCAUCUUCACCAGAGAUCAUUGUUCAAUUUCACGCGCGCGCCCGAUUGCAUUCCAUCAGAAAGCGGAUGGAGAGUUUAGGAUGGACAAUUCGUACGUCGGGUCAUUUGAACUCCGAGAAGAGGACUGACGAAGACGACUGGGCAUCUGAUGACGACGGGUUCUAUGAUACCGAUUUUUAUGACGACAGUAAUGACGGCGUUGUUCCUGAUGGAUACGAUAUUGACCAUGGUAGUGAUUCUGGAGAAGAGCAGCAGACUAAUUGA